AGCUUUUCGAGAUUUUUCACAUCUGAGCGACCAGACAAACACUACAAAGGCCUUAAAAAAUAAUACAACAAAAAAAAAAGAGUAAAAAAAAGCAAGGCGAAGACGACAAUACGAAUUGUACAAAUCGGAUGCGAGCGCGUGUGUGUUAGUGUCCAUUCAUUCAUUCAGUCAACAACAAUAAAAGCAAAUGAAAUACGAAAUGCAAUCGCCGCAGUUGCAGUCGGCGUCGCAGUAGGCGUCAGCAGAGGCAGAGGCAGCGGCAGAGGCAGACAAACAGUAGCAGCAUCAAAAUCCGAAAAGAGAGAUCAUUUUUCAUAUGCGAAUCGAAACUCGAAGAGCGCGCAUCAAAGUCAAAUUCAAACGGCGAAAGAGUAACGAACAAAAGCCAAUUGUUUUCUGUGCAUAAUGCGAAGUAAAUAACACAAAAAAAAAUUGAAAGAAAAUAAUAAAAAAGGAAAAUAAAGCCUUAGCCAGAACGUAAUUGAAAUCAAAUUAAAGGCGGGCCGUGCAAAAAAUACACACAAAAAAAAAGCCAAGGCGAUAAAAAAGAAAUUAUGCUCCAUUGUGCGAUUGUGUGAGAGGUCAAGUGCCCGGCAGGCAACAGAGAGAGAGAGGGAAAGAGAUAGAUAGAUGCAAGCUUAAUGUUAAUAGGCAAACGAAUGAACUCAUAAAAGGGCAGCCAGAGAAGAAGAAGAGCAGGCCAAGCCCAAAUGACCGCAAGAAUACCGUUAAUUCGAACAGCUUCAGCGGCAUUACGAGCAUCUAAACAGUCUAUAUAGUCUAAUAGCCCAACAGAUAGACAGGCCAGAGACAGAGAGAGAAAAACUUUCUUCUUCGCAUAACAAGUAGUGUGAACUUCAGCCGCAUAAAAGUUUGCUACUAUUUCAAUUUCAAUUGUUAACGAGCGAAAGCGCCGCCCGUCACGUCACGCACAGCAGCAGCAACAACAACAAAAGCAACAAAAGCCAGGAAAAGUGCAGCAGACAGCAAACAGCAGGCAGCAAGGCAGCAAGGCAGCGAAAAUGUCCAAGUCGCAGCAGAAACAGCAUCUCCAUCUCCAUCGCCAUACCCAUCACCAUCCCCCCGCCUUAAAAGCCACCCAAACGCAGACCCACAGAUUUAGCCAGACUCUAAGCCAGAUCAAGAGAUUCAGCUAUAACCACAGCCCCGGUCUGAGCCUCAGUCUCCAUCUCAGUCUCAUUGGCCCGAAGCGACAGCUGUUUGGCGCACUGCUGGCCAUGUUCACGUUGGCGGCAUUAGCGUCAACCACCAAUGGCGCUGUGACAGACUCCCCCAUUAAGAUUAUCCGGCUGCCGGCGCAGGCGCCAGUUAUCCGCUAUCGCAGUGCGGAUGCGGCGCCGGACUCACUGCUGAUCAACUACCGCCAGGAUGCCCAGCCUGAGUUGUCCUCCACGUUGAUGCAGGCCCCUGGAGCGGCGGCUGCUGCUCUGGAGUCCCUGCUUCGCGAGGAGACCGAGCAGCAGCAGUUGGCCCAGAUGGGCAGGCGUAACCGGGCCAGUGCCACGACCACCGGCAACUGUCCUCGAUCCUGUCCACCGAGCAUAACCGUGGGAGCUGAGCCCGUGUGCGGAAGUGAUGGACUGAUCUAUGCCAAUCUCUGUGAGCUGCGCAAGAAGACUUGCUCCCGCAGCGGAGUUUCCCUGAUCAAGGAUGUCCGCGAUGGCUGCGAGCGAUCUAAGGGCUCCGAUUGCAAGCACCGAUGCAGCACGGAGAAGGAUCCGGUUUGUGGAACUGAUGGAAGGACAUACUUGAAUCGCUGCAUGUUAAGGGUACAAUCCUGUCGCGUGGGAUUGGCUGCCGUUAAGCUCUCGCACGUGGGUCCUUGCAGCAAUACGAGUGCUGUGCGCGAGUCCUGUCCCGUGGAUUGUAAUAGUGCGCCCAAGGAUGGACCCGUGUGCUCAUCGGAUGGCAAUGUCUACAACUCCACGUGCGAGAUGAAGCUGCAUACUUGUGGACAGGGUGUGGUGAAAACAAGCAGGAAGCACUGCCAGUCCACCAGGAUGUGCAGGGAGUCUUGCUGGCGGGUUGCGAGACCAACUUGCGGCUCAGACGGGCGCCUAUAUGCAAGUCCCUGCAAGAUGCGAUCCUCUAAUUGUGGCAAGCACGUCUUUGAGGUUCCCCUGUCCUUUUGCAUGCCGCAGGAGAGGCACGGCAGUGCUUCCGAUGCCUGUCCCACCGAAUGUCCCAAGGUGGAGGCCGAUUCCACCUCGCAGUAUGUGUGUGGCAGCGAUGGAAACAUAUACUCCUCACUCUGCGAACUGAAAAUGCUCAACUGCGGCCCGCAACGAAAGUCAAUCCAAAAAGUGGGCAUGGACAAGUGCAAGAGUCGACUGACCCGCUGCAAACAGCUGCCUCCUUGCAAGGAUUUCAACAGCCUGUUCGGUUCCAUCUUCAGCUCGAAACGAAACGACAAGCUCUGCGGAACGGAUGCGAAGACUUACAACAAUGAGUGCGAACUAGCCCAUGCCACCUGUCUACGCGGCGUGAAUCUGGCCCACAUAGGACCCUGCACGGAUCUCAAUUCGCCCACCAAGGAUUGUGGAGAUGCCUGCACCCGGGCGGAUUUGGAGCAGCAGCCGAUAUGUGGGUCAGAUGGCAAUACCUUCGCCUCCAUGUGCGAGUUCAAGCGGCGCACGUGCAAUCUCCGUGUGGUGCCCGUUUCGCUAAAGAACUGCGCUCUGACCGCAGACUGUGAAUCGGAUUGUGAUGCCCAGCCACCGAGCUUUGUCUGUGGAUCGGAUAACAAUCUGUACAAGUCCGAGUGCCACAUGCGCAAGGAGAACUGUGGCAAGCACGUGUUUGUGGUGCCCCUUAAGCGCUGCCUGGCCGCCUUCCAGCUCAAAGGAUGUGCCCGCAUCUGUCCCAGGGAAUUCGAGCCCGUUUGCGGCAGCGACAAUAAAACCUAUCUGAACGACUGCUUCCUGGAGAUCGAGAACUGCAGGGCGAACCAGACGGUCAACGUCAACUACUACGGCGCCUGUGGCCGCCCCGAAGCACCAUCCACUAACUUCCUGUACUAGGAUGUAUGCGUGGCGCCUUCAUUUCACUUGGCAUUUAAUAUUUUUAGGCUAUAGUCUUGUAUUGUACUUUUUUAAAAGCGAUAUUUAUUGAGUUUGAAUUAAAGCCCCCCAACGAACUUA